CCAAAAUGAAGUACCUCACCAUCGUCGCUGCAUCCCUUGCAGCCAUUAUUCCUUCCGUCAGCGCCUACCCCAUUACCGGCGACGGCGUCAACUGCCGCUCCGGGCCCGGCACCAACCACCCCGUCGUCAAGUCCUACCCCAAGGGCCACGAUGUCUCCAUUGUCUGCCAAGCCCCCGGCACCGACGUCAAGGGCGACAAGCUCUGGGACAAGACCUCCGACGGCUGCUACGUCGCUGAUUACUACGUAAAGACCGGUUCCUCCAACUACGUCACCAAGCACUGCGACGGCGGUAGCGACGGUGGCAGCGGCGGCGGCGGCUCCGGCAGCGGAUCCGGCAAGGCCAUCGUCGACGCGGCCGAGAAGGAGAAGGGCCUCCCCUACGUCUGGGGUGGCGGUGGCUGCAAGGGUCCCUCUGGCGGCGGCUUCGACUGCUCCGGGUUGACUCAGUACGCCGUCUGCCAGGCGCUGAAGAAGACCAUUCCCCGCACGGCGCAGACGCAGUACAACUCGAACAUGGGCAAGCGGAUUCCUCGCGCACAGGCUAAGGAGGGUGAUCUGCUUUUCUGGGCUACUGGUGGUGACUGCAAGAACAAGGUUGCCCACGUUGGCAUCUUCAUCCGGGACGGAUGGAUGAUCAAUGCUGCUAAGACUGGCACUCCUGUCAGAGAACAGGCUAUCUGGACCUCUUAUGGUGGAGAGUCUAUCUGCCCCUAUGUCAUGAGAUUCUGGUAAAAAUUUUAUGCUACUAUACCAUGGGAUACAUAGGACAACUCGGCGUCUUUUGACUCUUCAUUUCUCCUGACUUGGGCUAUACAAUUUUGGUUGACCGCUUAUUAUCUUUCUUCGCCACUGUACAAACGUUUUCAAUACUAUACAGACGAACCAAUUGGAUCUUCUUUUAUCUCAUGCCAUCUAUUAUGCGUUAUCCUCUAAUGGCGUCAG